AUGAGGAUUUUGAGAACUGUCACUUUUUUUUCCUUCGUUUGCAAACUGUCACCGCUCCAAUAUUUUUCGAGCUUGAGGUAUUUUUUUCACUGUCGGAACCGAUCCUCGCAACAACCUUCCCCGCAAUCCACCAACAAUCUGUGCAAGAAGCCCAGUGCGGAUCUGCGCUCCGACCCAGGAAUUGCCGACAAGAUCAUCGGCUGCCUCGGACUUGGAAUUUCACCGGAGGUCGAUCCGACGUGGCGGAUUUGCGCCGGCUGUGCCGAACGCGUCGACGCGCAGCAUGCCUUCCGGACGCGAGCCCUGCACUGCAAUAGUUACGUCGAGAACGGGCUGGAGGACAAGGAAGACGAGAACAUGUGCCGGUUCUGCUUGAAGAUUCCGGGCGGCGGCGGGAGCGUGGCGGAUGAGGUGCAAACGGUGCGGGAUUGUUUAGGGGUUGAGAUCAUCAGCUGGGAUACGGUGACGAAGAUUUGUGGGGAUUGUGUGGGCGGUGUUGGCUGGAUUUCGGGCGGAAUUUUCGCCGACGGCCGUGCCGGUGAAGCUGGAGGACUUGACGGAUUCGUACAGGACAGUUCGAUGGCGGAUAACGGGGAGAAGCGAGGGGAAAAGCGGAAGGUCACGGCACGGUCGCUGCCGUGGAUUGGAAGUGACCACGAGUAUCGUAACUUUGACGUGCUGGAUGAAACGUACGAGGCGAUUGAGGUGGUCUUUGAGGAAUAUACGUUCGAUCUUCGGUUGGUCUUGUCGGACGAGAGUUCGCUGUGGCAUUGUGUUCAGUGCAAGCUGCGAGGUUGUCGCGUGAAGCUGAAGAUUGAUGCGAAAGGAAUGUUGGCCACCUUCGGGGGAUCAAUCGACAAGAACAACCACAUGAACGAGCUGGACAAGCUGAUGGAGUGUCCGGAGGGGAAAGGGAUGGUUCAGUUUGACGGUAAGAAGAUGACCACGCGUUGAGGCUACGCGGCAUUCCGGAUGGUUCGCUGGAGGCAAUUCGUACGUAUCAGCGGACGACGUCGCGAGUUGCGAUUUAACAGAGGGUCGAUCAAGAAGGUUACGUGAGUAACGGGACUCAAACGUCCAAGUUUAAAUGUUUGGACGGAGUGGAGAAUGAAGUUCAAGCAAAGGUGAAGGCCAAUAAUGUGGAUAUUUACAAAAUCCUCCAGCAGAAGGAUCCCGCGCGCAUCUUUAAGGUGCUUCUGCACAUGGUCAGACAAAUGACAAAUUCGGCAAAUAAAAACCGUACGCAACGUAACGCGUUGUCUCAUGAUUAUUGUUUUUUUCAUAAUAUUUAACAAUACAAAAAAAUAAAUCUGAAACCACAAAUAAAAAGAAAAUCCAAGAAACUUCAAUGUUCGCCUCUUAUUGAACUCCAGGUGACCAAAUUAGGUCAAAUAAAUUUAAAAAAUGCAUAUGCAACAGCUAGAUGCGUCUGCAGUGUAGACGCGUGCAGGAAGUAAUCGCCGGCGACUUUUCCUUGGCUAGUGCAAACGCGUCCCGGACGAGCUUGGCCCUGUCUCCGAUGAACAUCUGCACUAGCUGCAGGCCGGCCAGCUUCAGGAAGGUCGACUUUGUUUGCACCACACAGGUACCAGCCGAAAGCGUGCAGCCACGUGCAGCACUCCCUUCGGCGG